AGAGAGCAACAGGAAUACCCGGAGCCCCCCCAUAUCAAAGAGCAACAGGAGUACCCGGAGCCCCCCCACAUUAAAGAGGAACAGCUUCAAGGGCUGGAGGAGGCUCUUGUGAAGAAUGAAGAUGAUGAAGAGGAAGAUCAGUCCUUAGAGCUUGAUCAGAGACAAACUGAACACAUGGAGACAGAAGGUGGUGGAGAGGACUGUUCAGGACCAGAACCUGACAGGAACUCGGGUCCAGAUUGGCCUACAGAACCAGAUACUGGUGAGGAGACUGGAGACUCAUCUGAACCUGAGACUGAUGAUAGGAAUGAGACCAGAGCACCUCAGUCAGGUUUAAACUCUCAUACGAAUGAUAAAGGUCCCAUCAGUGUUUCAAGAGGUAGAACAGGUGAGAAACCUUUGAGCUGUUCUAAAUGUAAGACAACAUUUGGUUGCAGUAAACAGCUGAAGAUACACAUGAAGACCCACGCAUCAGAGAAACCGUUCAGCUGCUCAGAGUGUGGUAAGUGUUUCACUGCAAUUGGAAGCCUGAACACUCACAUGAGAUGUCACACAGGGGAGAAACCAUACAGCUGCUCAGAGUGUGGUGAGCGCUUCACUCAACGUGGAAGUCUAACUACUCACAUAAGGCGUCACACGGGGGAGAAACCUUUCAGCUGCUUAGAGUGUGGCAAGUGUUUUACUCAAAGUGGAAGUCUAAAGUCUCAUAUGAGAUGUCACACGGGGGAGAAACCUUUCAGCUGCUCAGAGUGUGGUAAAUGUUUCUCUAUAAGAGGAAGUCUGAAGUCUCAUAUGAGAUGUCACACAGGGGAGAAACCGUUCAUCUGCUCAGAGUGUGGUAAAUGUUUCUUUACAAGUAGCAGUCUGAAGAUACACAUGCAAUAUCACAGAGGGGAGAAACCAUUCAGCUGCUUGCAAUGUGGUAAAUGUUUCACUGAAGUUAAAAGUUUAAACAUUCACAUGAGACGUCACACAGGGGAAAAACCGUACAGCUGCUCAGAGUGUGGUAAAUGUUUCUCUUUAAGUGGAAGUCUGAAGAAGCACAUGAAAUGUCACAUCGGGGAGAAAGUUUUCAGCUGCUCAGAGUGUGGUACACGUUUUUCUCAAACUAUCUGUUUGAGGACGCAUUUAUGUCCAAAUCUAAAAGUCCACAUGCAAACUCAAUGAGAAUCCCCAUUAGCCCAUUGUACCAACCCUCCCUUGAUUACAUCACCAUCACGGUUGCCCACUUUAGUUUUAAAUACAUGACAUCUAGCUGACGCUUUUAUUCAAAGCGACUUACAAUAAGUGCAUUUCCACAUAGAGAUACAAACUCAGAAGAACAAGUAAGAAAGUACAUGCAGCUCUCAUAGAAAAGGUUUAAAGUCUUAUCAGACCAAAGACCUUUUGUAUUUUGGAUCACCCAGAUUUUGUAGACUGAACAUUUGACUUUUGUGCCGUCUUUUUUCCGACUGUUUCAUUGAAUUGAUUUCUGUAUGAAGAAAAUCAGACCUCCAUAAAUAUGUAAACGGUAAAAUUGAAAACUUUUAUUAGCUGUUUGUGUCGAUUAACGACACUUUUGAGCGUCUUCUUAUUGAGGCUGACAUUAUUAAUGCCCAGAUACUGGAACACCUCACCUCAAAGGUUGAGUCAUCAUUACCUUCUUCAGGGGUAGUAGCAAUGUCUUCAGCUGUUAUGGAAAUGUUCGAUACCUUUUUCACACAUUUCAGUUUCAAAGAUCCUAAAGUGACUUAAACAUCUUAAUCUCGUUUAGAGGAUUCAUUUCUUGUAUAAAACAUACAUAUCUUUGUUUGAAGACACAUUUUUGUUCAUGCAAGUACCCUCACUUACCCAUUUUACAUUAAUUCAUUUUAGUAGUUUUGAAACCAGUCCUUUUACACUUUAAGUUAACUUUUUAUCUUUUUACUCCGAUUUGAAGUUACAGUUGAGACUGCAUUAUUAUUGUUGUUUCCCUUUGUGUUUUGGUGGCACUGUUUAGCGUUUGGGUACCGAGAACCGGAGCCAUAUUGGUACCUGCUGCUUGUGCAGCUACAGCAGCUAGCUAGCCAGCUGCCAGACCUGUGCGUGCACGUGGCCACCAGUGGUCACAGCGUGAAGCCGAGUAGCGUGUUCUGCACGUGACUCCAUUUCCUCACGUGCAAUUUGAAGAAAACUUGUUUUAGCAAUACAUUUUUAAAAAAUCAUUAAGAGGCAACAGUAUCGAGGAAAAAUCCCAAACGAUACUCAUCCUUAUUUACAGUUUUUACGGAUUUUUAUGUUCCAUAUUUGAUGAUAUUGUCAGCAUAUUACUAAGUUUUCAUGUUAGAGACAAAUAUCAGAAGGCUUUUAAUGUGUUCAUGCAUUGACUUUUUCUUUUUUAUAUUUUUCUUUUUUUAUUAUUAUUAUUUUUUUGUUUUGUUGGUGUAACACAUUCUUCUGUGGCCAGUGAAGGUCAUGAAGAUGUGUGCCAAGGACUUCAGGGCCAAGCACACUCUGGACGGUACGGCAAAUAGUGCAUUUAUUCACAGUUUGUCAUCUCCCUCGGCAUAUAAAACAUGCCGCUUUCAGAAAAGCGCAGUGCCACACAGACCAUCUGUGGGAUGGUGAGAGCAGGCUUCAGACCCAGCAGUCUGCACAAAUAACGGAUUCCAUCUCCAGAAAAUCUAUACUUCUCAUGCAGGUACUCGUGGGGAACAGCUAAAGGGUCUGAUCUGAACACCAUCUGACGUCUGAAAGCACGUCUUAAUAUCAGCGCUAAGUACAAAGAAACAUAUCACAGUAAUGUCUUUGUAUCAAGGAAUGUAACCAGAAUGACAUUAAACUUUGAUUUUACAUUUGAUUUUGUCUUUAGCAGUUGUGAAUGAAUGUUGGAAAACAAUUGUAUUGUCUAGCCUUAACACCCACAUUACAAAUGGAAAAGACUAAAUGCUGAGAUAAGGCGGAAAUAAAUUAUGUCGAAAUGUAUUAAAAUUAUUGGAGGACUUUCUUUAGUUAACCCACCAAGUUGCAGCAGAACAGAGGAAACAAUGGUGGAAAUGCUGCAUGGUAUCGUAAACUACUGAUUUCCAGUAACACAGGAUUCUCACUCUGUAAAGUGAAUGUUACAGGUGGUCUGAGGGAAUGUGAGGAGUCGGAUGGGUAACUUUGGUCCGGUGAGCAGUGGCAUUACAAGAGCAUUUCAAUUCAUUUUAUUUUGUAUAGCCCCAAAUUGCAAAUUAUAGAUUUUCCUCCGAGGGCUUUACAGUCUGUACACAUGCGACAUCCUCUGUCCUGAAAGCCUCACAUCGGCACAGGGAACACUCCCCAGAAAAUGUAACCCCUCCCAUGGGGAAAGAACGGAAGAAACAAUAUAUAUAAAUAUAUAUAUAUUGUGUAUUUGCCUUCAAUUUAACAAAUUGUGUGUGUGUGUGUCGUUUUCUCUGCUGGACACACAAGUCGCCUUUACUCAAGAUGCCACUGCAGUGUUGCCUAAAAAAGUCCCACUGCAUUGUAAGUGCAUGUGUGUGCUGUUUGAUGUGCGUUCCUGGACCUGCGCUGUCAUUUGUACUUAGCGAUCCGGCACCUUGUGAUUUACAAAUGAACCACUGGAUCCAUCAUGACCCGAUGCGAGUUUGAGACCCCCCAUCUAAAGGUACACGGACCUACAAUGCCUUCCCAUUUAAGUUCAGCUAAGCUAAUAUGGGCUAAGACCACUUGUUGCCUUGGUUACAAUAACCACUUUCAGACAGCGCCAAAGGAAUGCAAAUAGUAAAUUAUGAUAGGAGGCAUUGUAACGUUGUUAGUAAUUUCAAAAGAGAGGCUCGUGUUCAAAAAUUGGAAGCCUGGAUGGGGACGUCUGGAAGAAUUCAGCCAAACUACUUCUCUCGUUCUGGUAGAUUUAUUCAUCUGAUCACAGGUCAAGUAUAAGCGCUGCAUUUGCAAAAGCAGGAGCAAUCCCACCGGCCCGCAGGCCGGAAGAACACACACUAACUAACAUCAGCAAGAACAUCAUGUUUUAUAACCCGAAAGACAAAGAAACGUUUUCUAUUGGCCCUAAGCUGGAAUGUAGGAGGAUCUGUCACCCCCCUGCAUCCAAAGAUCUGGUCACAUUCAAUGUGCAGACCACCUUGCAUAACGUAAACAAUGAACAAAGUGUGAGUGUUGAAUGGUGUGGUGUGAGCUCUUCCCUUAUCUUACACAUCUGCUGCUGGUUGACCCGCUGACCUUGCUUCCUUAGUCAGGACAGAAACAGCUCCCAUAUAUGUAACACAAGAAGCUUCUGUCUAUAAGUAUGUUAUCUAGUUCUUAACGACAUUAGUUAGAGCAUCCCCCCUUCCGCCAGAUGUCUGGCCUUGCUAACACAUCCUGUUCGCCCCCCGACCUUGAAUUCUUCAGCAGAACAGGAAAACAAUUUUCUAUCUCAAAACUAAGAAAAAAGCUUUUGAUUAUCAACGUUUAAAAUAUUGAGGAGUUAUGGAAGCUAUUUGGAAAAAUGCUUAACAUUAAGUUUGAGUUCAAGUUGGUUUGCAUUGUUGAAGGAUGGCCUUGAUGUGUGUGUAUAAACGCUCUGCUCAGAGCGGGUUUGUGUAUUUGACCUCCUGCUUGCAAGCAAUAAAUGGACUUUUACAACUUU